UGCAAUUCCUGCGGGACUGCCAGACGGCGUGGGGUCAGACGUUGCCUGGGUGGGGCGGCUCCAAUCCUGACUGCAGCAGUGCACAGGGCGUCACAUGCGACAGCACCGGGAUGAUCAGUGCGAUGAGACUAUCGAGCCUCAAUCUGGGAGGGUCCAUUCCGGACUCCAUCAGCAACCUCAAAAAGAUCUCUUCGCUAAUACUUAGUAGAAAUCAGCUCAGUGGUUCAAUCCCUGCUGCGAUCGGCAACCUUGCGAACCUGAGUUACUU